UGGAAAGCCCAGCAGGGCAAAACUGCGUGCAUCGCAGAGCGUCACUUCACUCUCCGCGCGGCCACGUCGGAUGCAGCGCCGUGGCUCCCGGAGUCUCAUCACCGGCGACUUGGCAACGCUUGGCCCGAAUAUGCAGUGCCCAGCUCGGCGGUGAAGUGCCGCUCACUCCGGAAGGAUAAGUCCCGUCCGACGAAGCUGUCACGUGCGAAGCGGCAGGUUUAGUGAUUGCUUUCUUCGUGACAUCUGCGGCAACUCGGGGUGGAAUCAUGCAAGCAGCGCACCUGGUGAGCCGGUUCACGGUCUGGGACUACGCGGUGUUCGGCGGCAUGCUCUGCGUCUCGGCCUCCAUCGGCAUCUACUACGCGGUCAGGGGCGUCCGCAAGGGCGCCACCACCGACGACUUCCUGAUGGGUGGCCGCAGCAUGAGCGUCUUUCCCGUGGCGCUCUCCAUCCUGGCCAGCUUCAUGUCGGCCAUCACGCUGCUCGGCACGGCCUCCGAGAUGUACAUCUACGGCACGCAGUACCUGUUCAUCAUCUUCUCCUACUGCCUCGUCAUCCCGGCCACGGCGUACCUUUACAUGCCCGUCUUCUACGGCCUGCACGUCACCAGCGCCUACGAGUAUCUGGAGCUCCGCUUCAAUCACGUCAUUCGAGCCAUUGGGUGUAUAACGUUCUCCUUACAAAUGCUCAUCUACAUGGCGAUCGUGCUUUACGCACCGUCACUUGCACUUUCUCAAGUGACGGGAAUCAGCGUGUGGACGUCGGUGCUUUCCAUAGGCAUUGUCUGCACUUUCUACACAAGCAUUGGUGGAAUGAAAGCUGUCGUGUGGACGGACGUGUUCCAAAUAUGCCUUAUGUUUGGCUCCAUGCUCAUGAUCGCCAUCCGCGGAGCGUACGACAUCGGCGGCAUGAAGGUCGUCUACAACAGUGCCUCCGAUGGAAACAGAGUCGAAUUCUUCAACUUCAGCCUCGACCCGACCGAGAGGCACACCGUCUGGGGUCUCUUCAUCGGCUGUUUCUUCACUUGGAUGUCGGUGUACGCAGUCAGCCAAGCAAUGGUUCAGCGAUACCUCACAGUUUCCAGCAUGAAGGGUGCUCGAAUCGCCAUCUGGAUCAACCUUCCUGGACUGACGUUUUUGAUGUUGAUCUGCGCUCUAGCCGGCCUCGUCAUGUACGCACGGUACCAAGAUUGCGACCCGCUGCUGACCAAGAAGGCGACAGCCCCUGACCAACUGCUUCCUCUAUACGUCAUGGACAUCCUCGGAAGCCUGCACGGAAUCCCUGGCCUAUUUGUCUCCGGCAUAUUCAGCGGCGCUCUGAGCACGGUUUCAUCCGGCGUGAACUCCCUGGCUGCCGUCACACUCGAAGACAUCAUCAAGAGGUAUAUCAAGAAGGACAUGAGCGACCGCUACGCUACGAAUCUCACCAAAAUGAUCGCCAUGUCGUUCGGCCUGGUCGCCAUUGCUCUCGUCUACGGAGCCCAAAUGAUGGGCAACGUUCUUCAAGCUGCACUCUCCAUCUUCGGAAUUGUCGGUGGACCGCUUCUGGGUGUCUUUACGCUAGGGAUCUUCUUCCCCUGCGCCAACAGCAUUGGCGCCGGUGUAGGCACCAUCACCUCCCUGGCGGCUUGUUUCUGGAUCGGCUUCGGCGCGUUCGCCACGAAGCCAGCGGUGCGCAAGGCCCCGGUCUCGGUGCUCGGAUGCAUCGGCGAUUACCUGAACGCCACGGGACAGGACGUUAACAACAUCACCUACCCCAGGCCUGUCGACAUUGCUGACGCCAACAAGGACAUCCUCUUCGUCUACCGGAUAUCGUACGUCUGGUACAGCAUGAUCGGGUGCGUCUUAGUCGUCGUCAUUGGACUCGUCGUGAGCCUGUUGACAGGAUGCAAGAAACCAAGCGAGGUGAACCCGCGGACGAUCCACCCAAUCUACAACUUCCUCUGCGGUGUGAUGCUGCCGGCCUCCCUUCACGACAAAUUCAUGGUGAAGAGCGUGGACGAGUACGAGGUCGAGCACAUGAUCGAGCUGGGAAGAUCGAAGAAGGCCCGUUCCGACAUUUCUUCCGACGGAAACGACAACGUUGGCUUCACCUGCUGUGGCGAGAAACCCACCAUCAACGGCCUCGUGGCACCUGCCGAUUCCUCCAAGGCGACAGUGAAUGGCACAGCUACCAACGGCAGCAUCAUCCAUCGACGCUCUGCACCAGGUGGCGGAGGCGUCGUCUCUUCCAGCCCGGAAAUGAUCGCCUUUCGCCCAAUCACGAAUGGGCACUCGCAGGUGCCAUCGGCAAAAACAGAAGCCACAAACACUUAUUCGAGCGAUACUUCUGCGAUGUCUUCUGCGAGAUCGGCGCCUCCUGAUCCUCCCCUCCAUCAGCAGACAACACAUCAUACCACUAAGACUGCAGCCGGCAGUUGCACCGAGGACGCCGGAAAGCUGAUAAACAUCGACUCAGGGGGACUUUCUGGCGCGCGGUCGCCGAGUCGGGAUUCGUGCACAAAAGGCGAUUCCGACGACCCUGAUAUGAACCCGAUGACCAUGAAUAGGGACGCCGCGUCAGUCGAGUCGCAUUUGUCCCAGAACGUUCACAGGUCGCGGCGUUGGGGCUCCUCUAGAAAGGAAAAGCGUCAUCGGGCGAAGCAUUCCUCGUCGCCCGACACCACACGCAGACCUGCGUCACCCAAAUCUGAGGCGGCGGUCAACAAAGCAGCCACAUCACUAUGAAACAUUACCUAUCAAUAUCUCCGAACUGCGAUAUAUGCGCUGGACGCACUGAUAUAGUAUGGUAUAGUAUACAUGUUAAACCUGAUACGCACGAUCACAUGUAUGGCAGCUGCACUAGGCCACAUCGGGCAUCUUUCUCGUUCUUCAUAUUUUACGGCUUGAACUGCGUCACAGACGAGUUGCGAACAGACUGCGAUCCUUUGGCAGCUGCUUAUUUUCUGUGCCUGACGUGGACGUACGAUGGUAACUCUGAUGUUGAUUACAGCAGGGUGAGUGCGCACACGGCUGCCUCAUCCGAGAAUCUAGACGUGACGCUGAGGACUAUUGGCGUUUACAGCCGGCGAGCCCCGCGCGUUGCCAGGCUCCAUUUAAAACAAAGCGUUCGCUUACUCUAGCUUUGUGCAUUUCUCAAUGUCUCAUCAUUUUACAAUAAAAAAGCCAAAAACAACGUUAUAUGACGACGAAA